UUAUUUUUCUGUCAUGCGCCUUCCUUACUACUUGCCCUGCUAGCAAAUCGACUUAGCUAGCUAGCGAAAUAAGAUAUAAUAAUCCCAUUGUGUAAUUAUUAUGAAUAUUUUGAUAACGGCAGUGUAAUUGGUUUUUGUUCCCCCCCAAAAAUAAGAAUUCAGCUAACAAAAUGAACAUACGAAAUGCAAGGCCGGAGGACCUUAUGAACAUGCAGCACUGUAACCUGCUGUGUCUUCCAGAAAACUAUCAGAUGAAAUAUUACUUCUACCACGGAUUGUCCUGGCCUCAGCUGUCAUACAUUGCAGAGGAUGAAAAUGGAAAGAUUGUGGGAUAUGUGCUAGCAAAGAUGGAAGAGGACCCAGAUGAUGUGCCUCAUGGACACAUUACAUCUCUGGCGGUGAAACGAUCCCACAGACGUCUUGGUCUGGCUCAGAAACUGAUGGACCAGGCCAGCCGGGCCAUGAUUGAAAACUUUAAUGCUAAAUAUGUCUCACUUCACGUUCGUAAAAGCAAUCGGGCAGCUCUGCACCUGUAUUCAAACACACUCAAGUUCCAGAUUAGUGAAGUAGAGCCGAAAUACUAUGCGGACGGAGAGGAUGCUUACGCCAUGAAGAGAGACCUGGCACACAUGGCUGAUGAGCUGAGGAAACCUGGAGUCCGCGUGUCGGGUCAAGAGGCACCGUCGGGCUCCGGUGACCAGGAGAGAGAAAGCGAAAGGGACAGUGGUGGAGAGAGCAAAGAGCUGAGCGAAGUCAGCGAGGCAACAGAAAGCACAGACGUUAAAGAUUCUUCUUCUGACUCGCAAUGACAUUGUUGUACCAGGCAUUUUUAAAAACACCUUCAGUUUUUCUUUCUUUCUUUUUUUUUUUUUAUCUCUGCCAUCAUUUCUGGCUUUACAGACUGUGCAUCAAUGCCACUACACCACUUCCUUCUCCGAUUUUUCUUAGUUCUGUUUUUUUCUGCUGUUAAACAGAUCUGGACGUGAACUAAUGUACUAUAUAAAUUAAACAUAAAAAAACUUACCGUGCUAAAUAUUUUUAUUGGAUUGUUACUGUCAUCACCAAAGUUGACAGUUCUGACAUUUGCAGAGUUAAAGACAGCCUGUGCUUUUCAGUUUGGUCUCUUACCUACUGAACAAAAAUUACUACAAAUAAAUCUCUCAAUUAA